AUGGUGUCCGAAGGGGCUCUGCCCGUAGUAUGGUGUAUGCGUGAUAAUCAACUAGUACCUCACCAGGUAUCCGGUGUUAAAUUACAAGGUGUUGUCACAGGAGCGCACAUAGCCGCCGUUACGGACUUUUUACGUAUGGUGGCCGGUACCCCUAUUGUUUUACCUCAUACAACAUUUCCAGAAGACGUUGAAAAUGACGUUAACGAAGAGAAGGAAAACACGACAAGACAACGGAAGAUAUCAAUGCAAGUGGAAGUGCCUUGCGUUUUCCUAUCUGAAAGUGCUUUGCAAAAGGCAAAGAGUCGCCACAAUUCCUUAGAGGAAAAGGUAACUUUAAACAAUCUUAGUACAAACAAUACAAAUUCUCAAAAUACUAGGGACAGUGUCUUAUCUCUUUUUAACACUAACAAUAAUAAUUUAUUAUCAAACAAAGAAAAUAUGGAGGAGGAUUGUUCAAAUAAGACUUCUGUUGCACCCUGUCUAACAGAAAACAUUACUCAGAGGAUAACUAGAAUAAUAGAUCUAGACAAUUUAAAUAACGAAGAAAUGACCCAUGACCCGGAUAGAGAAUGUCCCCAAAAAAUAACGAGAAUUAUCGAAUUUGAAGAUAAUCACUUACCGGUGUCUAAUGAUAGCGAAAUCGAAACGCCCCAGAAAAUUACUAGGAUAAUAGAAUUCAAUGAUAAUAAUUUAUUUUCUAAUAGCCAUGACGAUGCUCUUAGUGACCAGAAAAUAUUAAAAUCUAAAUCGAUAGAUUCGGUGUUUCCUAGUAUGGCUAAAAUAAUAGAGAUAGAAAACGAAAAAUCUAACGAGAGGCGAAUCUCUUUAACGAGUGAACGCGAAAUCGGAUGUGGCCUUGAUAACUGCAGCGAAGACGUCAUAACAAAGUUUAGGCCACUGCAAAGGAGUAGGUUCAGUGUCGAUUCCUCGUGCUCCGAAAACUCUUACGCUAAUAUCGAAACAAUUAAGAGUUUACAGGAUGAUAGAAAAGAGGACAUCUUAGAAAUCAUAUCGAACGCCGACUCCCAGGCGAAACCCAUUAUCAAGUCGCGUUUUAGGAGAAAAAAAUCGUCGGUUUGUUCAAUCGGUUCGUCGGACUGCGAUGAUGAAGUAGAUGUAAUUUUUAAAUCUAAGCCCAAAUCUAGUCAGUGGGUAAGCCUCGAUUGGAUACCACCACACAAAGAGGAGCCAGUAAAUACUCAAGUCUGUGAUAAAAACGAUUUCAUAUCAAAGUGGAUUGCUGAGCAAAACUCCCAUAGUACAGGGCUCAUGGCAGACGAAAGGAGACGAAGUCUCCCCCCUAAAUCGAACGAGAUCUACUUGCAAACGAUGAGAAGAUUCAGCGACGGAUUACAAAUGUGCAAAGAAGACGCAGCAAGCGAUUCACCGGCUACUGUUAAAUGGAAGUGGCACGAUUUAGUGAAACGCCAUCUUCAACUGUUGAAGAACGAUAAAGGAUUCCGUAGACAAAGAGGUAGUUGGAUGCGAACCGCUAGAAGACUGUCACAUUCCAACAUAAACAACAACAGCUUGGAUGCCUUGCCCUUCGAUACGUACAUGAGGCUGAACGCUAUGCCGUAA